UCUCUCUCUCCCUCUCUCACACUUCAUAUAUUUCUUAGCUCUAUAAAUAUCACUUCACCCAUACCAUAACUACUUCCAUUCAAUUUCCUCGAUCCAGCUCCAAGAAGAAGAAUAAAAAAGAAAAAGAAAUGGAAAUUGUGAAGGAGGAGAGCGAUGGGAGCAUAUGGGAAGGGUAUGUGGACUGGCGGAAGAGGGCGGCGGUCCGAGGCCGACACGGUGGGAUGAUGGCAGCUGGAUUCGUGUUAGGAGUUGAAGUGCUGGAGAAUUUGGCGUUUCUGGCAAAUGCUAGUAACUUGGUGAUGUAUUUGAGGAAGUAUAUGGAAUUUUCACCGGCGAAAUCGGCGAACCAUGUUACAACUUUUAUGGGCACUGCCUUUCUUCUUGCACUCCUUGGUGGCUUCUUAUCCGAUGCCUUUUUCACAACUUAUUACGUCUUCCUUUUCUCCUCUCUCCUUGAGUUUCUGGGGUUGGUGAUGCUGACAGUGCAAGCGAAGGUGAGUUCAUCAUGCGAGGAGGGGAACUCGAAGGGGUGCAAGGAAGUUGGGGGGAGAGAGGCGGCGGUGCUGUUCAUAGGGCUGUACUUGGUGGCGCUCGGGGUGGGCGGCAUAAAGGGGUCGUUGCCAGCGCACGGGGCGGAGCAGUUCGACGAAGGCAGCCCACAAGGGAGGAAGAGGAGGUCAAGUUUCUUCAACUACUUUGUGUUCAGUCUCUCAUGUGGAGCCCUUAUUGCAGUCACUUUCGUGGUUUGGGUUGAAGACAACUUGGGGUGGCAAUGGGGAUUUGGAAUCUCGACUAUCAGCAUUUUUCUAUCCAUUCCUUUGUUCCUUGCUGGUUCCCCUUUUUACCGUAACAAAAUCCCCACUGGUAGCCCCCUCACCACAAUUCUCAAGGUAUUAGUAGCAGCAGCAUUGAACCGUGGGAGCAGCAACAAACCAGCAACAAACGCAGUGGCAAGCUUAGCAAGAAGCCCAUCCACCUCAACCGCAAAGCAGCUGAUUAACAAGGAGCUAACACAAAACAAUACAACUAAUCCAACCCAAAGCCUCAAAUUCUUAAACAAAGCAGUACAAAACCCACCUUUCCACCCAUCACUAAAAUGCACAACUCAACAACUAGAAGACGUAAAAAUAGUCUUAAAAGUCCUCCCCAUCUUCGCUUGCACCAUAAUCCUCAACUCAUGCUUAGCUCAACUCUCCACUUUCUCCAUUGAACAAGCCUCCACAAUGAACACCAAAAUCUCCUCCCUCAAAGUCCCCCCAGCCUCUCUCCCAAUCUUCCCUGUUCUCUUCAUCAUUCUCCUCGCCCCGCUCUACGACCACCUCAUCAUCCCCUUCGCUCGAACCCUCACCCGCACCGAGGCCGGAAUCACCCACCUCCAACGCAUCGGUGUUGGCCUCCUUCUCUCCGUUCUCGCCAUGGCUGUUGCCGCCCUCGUCGAGACCAAGCGUAAGGCCGUGGCUGGUGCCCACCCAGAUGCUCAUCCGCUGCCCAUAACGUUUCUUUGGAUUGCAUUUCAGUACUUGUUUUUGGGGUCUGCAGAUUUGUUUACCUUGGCGGGUUUGUUGGAGUUUUUCUUCACGGAGGCUCCUGCUACAAUGCGGUCUUUGGCUACGGCUCUAUCUUGGGCUUCCUUGGCUGUUGGGUAUUAUCUAAGCUCCGUCAUUGUAUCGGUUGUGAACCGUGUGACUGCCAAAGCUUCCCACACGCCUUGGCUAUCUGGCCAUAAUAUCAAUCACUAUCGUCUUUCUAACUUCUAUUGGCUCAUGUGUGCGCUUAGUGGCUUCAAUUUCUUGCACUACCUUUUUUGGGCUCUCAAGUAUAAAUAUCGAUCCACCCAAGGGAACAAAUGAUAUCUAAAUUUUACUGGUUUUAUAAACAUAUGUUAUUCUACCGUAUCAAUAUACCUUAGUGUUCAAGUAUAUAUAAUAUAUCUAUGCUUUCUUUC